AUGGAUGCAACUUGGGGAACUGAUGAGUCUAUUAAAAAGUCAGAAACAAAUUUAAAGAAUCGUCGUGACGGUCGUGAAGUUGCUGCUAGGACUCACACGGGUGGAUCUAUUUCAAUUGGAGAAUAUCGCAAGAGACUUGUAAUUCAAAAGGGUAGCGAUCCAACACGAGCCGAGUUACAUUUGCACGUACAUACUCAUGGUCAUGAUGGGAAGUCUUUUGUUGAUGAUCAUUCACGAAUGGUCCACGAAGCAUAUGAAGAGAUCUUACGGGAAAAAAAGGUAUCUCAAUCUGAUCAAUCGUAUUAUGAAGCUGCGGGUGAAAAAAAGAAGAUAAGAAUAUAUAGUCUUGGAACUGAAGCGAAAAAUUACUACAAGCAUAAGCUUCGUGCCUCAUCUUCUGUACGACCUUUUGUUUUUCAAUCAACAUCAACAACAAAUAUGGAUGAAUUUGUAAAGGAAAUGCUUCCUGCACAUACUAAUCAUCUUCUUCCUAUUCUUAUGGAACGGGUACAAGAAGUGAUUACUCCCGUUGACAAUCCGUCAUCUUUGAGCCCCAUGGUGCCUCCUCCUGCUACUACUAACGAGGUUGAUCCCUUAGUUUCAGGUGACAACGAUCCUAUCCUGUAG